UUUUUGCAGCCAGUUCAAAAUCAUUUGCAGCGUUUGUGGACCAGCAUGAAAACUCAAGCGAAGAAAGCGUGGUCCCUGAAGCCAGAUAUCGACGGCUUCACUUCAGAGUAGUUUUGUUUUUUUCUCUGCAGCCGAUUCUGUUCUUGACAUCCCUUCCCCUGUCUGGAGAGAAGUGAUCACAGUGCUGCUCACAGCGGCUGUGUCGUCUCCUCAUGGAGCGCAUCAGCCUCGACUGCCAGGUCUGCCUCACCACAUUUGAGAGGGUGUUUGAAAUGAAGACACACAUGCAUUCACAUGCACAUAAACAGAAAAUCGCAGAAGUCUUCAAGCAAGAUAUUUCGAAGGGUUCUGGCAUCUUUCCACCCAUUAUAUUGUUAGGUCAGAGAUCCAAACGAGACAUUAGGCAACCCAUCACAGGCUUGACUUUGUGUUUCAGUCUAGAGACACAUGGAUCUUUUUACCUGUGCCAUGUCUGUGAAGAAAAGCGUCCGUCAGACAAGAUUUUAUACCACCUCUCGGAUAUUGACCAUUGCAGAAACUGCUUUAGCCACACAAACCCCAAUGCACUGACGUUCUCCUGGAUCCCCAGCAAUAACAUGAAAGACAUUUUGAGGCCCCAGGUCACACAGAAAGUAAAAGACAGCGGGGGCGGACACCUACAGCUGUUGGACUUACCUGGACAUCUGUUAAAAAAACUUGAAACGAGUACCUACUCUGAAGUGAUGCGCAUUCUCAGUGAAAAUGAAAAGCUUCUCAAGCUACUUGAAGCUGUCAAGCCAAAGAGGAUGAUGAUACAAACAUACCAAAGAGACAGCAACAGAGAACAUCGACUUCUUGGAAUGCAGCACCUUGUUGAAUGCAUUUGUGUCGGGCAGACUGAGAAGAGAAGCUACCUCUGCACACUCUGCCACCUAACUUUGGCCGCCCAUGCCAUCAUCAAACAUGUCCUGAGCUUCGACCACAUCUAUUGUUACUUUAAAGCGUGGCACCCGUCUACUCUGCUGGCAAAGGAAUCCUACCAGGAUUACACUAAGUCCUUCGCCUCCAUGAUGCUUGAUUUUGCUAAGCAGUCAGAGAACAUUCAUGGUACUGCAAGUGCUGAUAUGAAGCAAGUGAGCCUGGAGCCUGCCAAAUUCACAUCAGUGAAAUUCACUUGUUAUGCAGAUGCUUUGAAGGAACUGGAAUCCAUCAGAAAUGAAAACAAGGAGAGCAGCUUGAUUACAAUAGUAAAACCUGGGAACAAGUUGGAGCUUCGUUCUCAAUUGUACAAACUACGCUGUCAGAACUGCAGUAUGAGCUUUAUGAACAUUCCUACCUUUUGCAGACAUUUGUCACAUUACACACACAAAGAGAGGGUGAAGAAAUUCUUUGGGGGAGGUGCUGAUGGUUCAGACCACACAGAAUGGAAACCCAGUUUGGGCUUAUACAAGCAUCUCAUCGUGAGCUUGAGGCAAAAUCAACCACUUGUUGGUGUUCCCCUGGUUGUGGCGUGUGUCAGCACUCAGGUCCAGAAGGAACCGAUCUAUGUGUGCUUUGCUUGUCAGGACUGUUUCACCGAGUCCUUUCUCAGACAACACUUUGACUCACAAAAACAUCUCAUACACACAUCGCUGUACCAGAAUCCCUGGAGGCUGACCGUUGCGUGGGAGAAUCGUCUGGAUGUGAAAGUCUUGAGGUCAAUGUCACAGGAAGAGGAGAAGGAAAAACCAAAUCAGAUGAUGCUGAAGGUACUUGACAUGCCAGACGGGAUGUUUCAGAGACUCAGCACACUGAGUUACCCAAAAUUGAUGAAGAGACUUGAACUACAACACAUUAUCUUAAAGCAUGACGUUCCACCGUGUGAAACAUACAGUAAACUCAAGGAAAACGAAAGAUUUCCUCUACUAGGUAGACAGUUCCUGGUCAUGCACGACGUUUGUGUCAGAGGUCAACAGCCCACCGUGGGAUUCCUGUGUCUGCUGUGUAAGAGGAAGUUGUCAGAGGAUGAAUGUUAUGCUCAUGAGUUCAGCCGGAAACACAUUGCAGCUUUUUUAGACAGUUUCCACCCAGGCUCGCUGGAUUCAAGCACUGACGAAGAAACCUUCUUGGACUUGGCCAAACAGGCAGCACGCUAUCACUCCAUAUCACAUGUGCAGGUAAUAAAGUUGGACAGGCCCAUUGUGGAGCCAUACACCUACUCUGAUGCUUUGAUCAUCCUGACAACUGCAAAAAAGAGAGAUGGGAAAGCAAACCUCAAUCCACCAAUAAUUCCAAAAAUGAAGCUGGUCCCAACAAAAAGACAGAAAAAUGCGGACAAGGACCAUGUGACAGACAACUGUCAGAAAAACCGCAAGAUAACGGAGGAAUGUGUGGAAACGACGAAAUCUACCGACCUGAGUAAGACGACCCUGAAAAAGGCUUCUGUAGAAGUUGGUGCUGAAGUCACAGAUACACACUGUCCAAAAAGGGGAGAAAAUGCAAAAGAGGGAGACGACAAAGAGACUCUGACAUCAGGUGAAAAAAAAUCUGAGAAAAGAAGAGAGGCGUUUUCAGUAACGAGUUCAGAGAAGAUAAAGCAAAGUGAGACGUGCCAGGCGAUAAAGGAGAAGAUGGAAAAGCCUACAGCCAGAAAACCAAGUGGGGAGGCCACAGAAAACAACCAGACCAAGGACAAAAAUGAGAUUGGAAAAGAGAGGAACAAAAGCAGCAGAGAUGUCUUGACACAGAAGAGGGACAUCUCACAUAAGGAAACCUGUCCUGUGGAGGAUGUAAAGCAAGAAAUGAGCCAUGAAGGGCAGCGGCUCACCUUCAAAGAACCCCAAAACCUGCCGAUUAGUGGUACAAAGGAGGUGACCACCACUGACGUUGGAGAAAGAAGAAAACCAAGUCACGCGACAGCAAAGGACAAAGGGUCGUCUAAGGUGGACCAGCAACAAGCAGAUAAAUUGUGGCGGUAUGUCAAGAGGAUGAGCCGAGAGCCUGUUGUUGGCUUAGGUGCACUUUUCGAAUGCAAUUGUGAUGAGCGUGACCCAAUCUACCUCUGUGAGUGCUGCUCCCUCAAGAUCCCAGAGAAGAACAUCAUCAGCCAUGUUACUGGAGUUGACCACCAGAAGAUGUUUCUCAUGGGCUUAAAGAAACUCCCAAUUCCACCAGGGAGGCACCCGGGGAAGACAAUCGGACACUUUGCUGCUUUGUUUGAACAAGAAAAUGGAUAUGGAGAGGUUCAGGUUGUUGAGCUGGAUGAGGAGAUUUACAAUAGCCUCUCAAAACAAGACUUUGAGUCAGUCAUACAGACUGUGAAAGCACUUCAGGAUCAGAAGGACAGUGGACAUGAACUCCCUUCAACCUCAGCUCAGUCCAGUUCCCCAACUGUGGACCCCUCAGUCACCCUUCAUGCUCAAAAUGAGGUCUCUUUUAUGAAGAACAACUACCAGGUGGUAAAGAUGGAGAUGUAUCAUUCAGAAGACUCUGAGGCUCAGUCAUCCUCAGUAACUACAUCCAUGUCUAUAAUGUCUGAAGCCACCUCCAAUAUUAGAAGAAGUGAGGAAAAAGUUGAAAUAAUUUCAAACACAACUGUGGGACCGUUAAAAAUAGCAACCACCUCCAAAGAGGUGGGGAGAUCCGACACUGAAGCAACUCCAGACUCUACUGUAACCACCCCCACCAAAUCCAUGACGGCCAUCUCAAAGUUUACAACCAAAUCUUCCAAUUCUACUCCAGACACCACCCAAACGAUAGCAGCUAUCGCCAAACUUAAGGCCGCCACUUCUAGGUGUACUUCAGCUAACACAAAAUCGAGAGAAACUGCCUUCAAAGGCACAGCAACUAUCUCCAUCUGCACUGCAACCACCUCCACCUCGAGUGCAACCAUCUCAGGGACGACCUCCACCACAAAACCUGCAACAUUGUCUAAAACAAUGGAAAGCAGCACUAGAGCUGCAGCUGAAUUCAGAGCGGCUUCAUAUAAAGCCACCACCACCUCGAAAACAGAAUCCACAGUGGCUUGUGAUGCCGCAUCCAGAACUGCACCUGGCUUCAAAACAGAAAACACAUCCAAAAAUUCUGAGAGUGCAUCCAAAAUAGUUGAUGCAUCUCAGAUAAUGGUGAAAGCUGUUGCAACUGCUAAAGUGACUGAAACAUCAGUUGAAUGUGAAAAUACUGGAGCCCCUGUUAAGACUGCACAUAUGAAGAAUCCAGUGAGGUCAACUGCAGAUGUUGCACCUAAUACACAUAAGAGUAAGGCAGCUGCAGCUCCCCUCCCAACCAUGCCCAAAAAUCCACCUGCAGAGCCAUCACAUAUCUGGACAAGUGAAAAAACACUAAAUGAAAACUCUCCUGAAGUCGGCUUAAACCAGCUGAUUAAAGUGUCAUGUGGACAAAGGAAGCAAGUCUACUGUCGGCUGUGUUCAGUCAGGUUGCUAAAGUCCGAACACACAUCCAGCGCUACCCACCAGUUUAACUAUGUGAAAAUGAAGUACCCUCAAUGGACUUGCAAGCUGCCAGAGCUGGAGAGCAAAUUGCAUGCGAUAGUGACCAACCUGGCUGAGGUUGAGAGAAAUGUAGGAUCCUUGAAUUUCCCGACAGUGAGAGUGACGAUGGAUGUCUACAAAGAGCUCGCUGAUCUCUCAGCAGAAAAAGCUUUAGAAAGACUGAAAGCAAUGCUGGCAAAAGGCUUGGGGGUCUCAUCCCCCUCCACAGCCAAUCCUGUAGAAGUUUUCAAACCCCAAGUUCCCGGUGCCAGUCAAUGUGAAGCUUCAAGCACAGACGAUGCAAUUGAAUCCAGUUCAAAAGAUGAAGGAUCCUUUGCUGUGGGCUGGUUCGACAGAGCUCAGAGCGUGGAGAGUUCAGAGCCUGAAGCCAAUGACCAGAUUCUACACCAGCAGGAUUCAUGUUCGAUCUUGAAUAAAAAUGAGCCCAUCGCAAAUCCUUCAAUUCAAGACACAAGCGUUGCAGCCAAAAUUGAGAAACCUAAGGGUUGUGCGCCUCCUCUUGCCACUGACGCCCAAACUCCUGAUGGAUGCAAAGAGACUCCCGAGUGGAGACAACGGCAGGAGAGAAGUCACCCAGAGCUACAGGACACAAGCAGGGUGUUGGAAGGCUCUCAGAAAACAUCGCCUGUAACAGUCUUCAACCCGGAUCAGCUCUCUUCUGCUGCUACAGUGAAUACAGAACCGCAGAACCAACCAAGACCCAGCCAGAGCACAGAACAUGUGUCAAAACACUCAGACUCACUUCCAAUGAUUUUGAUAGGGGAAAGCACAAAGGGCUGCAGUCAUUUGUCCAGAUACUUGGAGGUGACGGGACAAGACCGCGAACCAAUCAUAGGUAUAGGCUUCGUGUGGGAGUGUCGAGGGCCGUCCAGGCCGUCCAGGAACCCAUUCUUCCUGUGUGAGAGCUGCAGGGUGAUGCUCUCCCAUAGUGAGAUCUGUAAACACAUGGUCAGCGAUGACCACCAGUUAAACUUCAUAAUGAGUCAGUACCCUGAAUAUCUAUACUUCUGGCCGGAAAGCUUUCUGUGCCAAUAUGUGCCAGGUAUGUAUCUGGAGCCAUGGAUGAAAUUGGAACUUCUAAAGGGCAUCGCCCAGAUGGUGUCAGAAGGAGAGCGUUACUACAAGACGGAUGCGCAGAUUAUUCUGCUGCAACUGGAGUUGUAUGAAUGUAUUCGGACUGCACCGUUCAGUGAAGCUUUAAAAAUUGUUAAAAACAUCAAGAAAGAGCAUAAACUGAGCGUCUCCUGUCAACCCACCUGUACUCCACAACAGAAGGUGUCUUCCAGAGAUCCACGCCUUCCAACCAGGAAAAGAGCAGCUGUUGAAUCUAUUGAAACAUUGAUCAGAUCUUGCACCAAUAACCCCACCCUCAAGGAUCCCUUGCCAGCCAAAUACAAACCCACAUACAAUGAGCUGCAGCCUAUCGUCCAAGCAACCCCAGAAUCAGUCACUGAGUACACCUCUGUCAACCCUGCUGCAACGUCCGUCCCCCUGUUUCCUCAGGACAAAGACACAAGACCUGGAUCUGACAAACAAGACAUACCUGUAGUGGACAGGACAAAGUUUGCUCACCUAAUGGCUCUAGUGAGAGAGAGGAAGUCUGCACUAAAUACGUCCAUUUGCACGUCCGCUCCAGGUAAUGGUGAGACUUCUACCUCCUGCGCUUACAGUUCAUCCGAAAGUGGGAUGAAAAGUAGAUUGGAUCAAAAGUCUGUGCAAACUACAUCUAAAAUUACCAAAAACGGAAGGGAUUUAAAUUUGAAAAUGGUUAAAGUGACACAAAUUCCAACCACCGCUUGCGCAUUGGAGGAGAAGUUAAACUCAUCUCUUGAAGCCAAAGCAGUCGGAACCAUGUUACCUUAUGCCAGCACUGCUGACCCCAGUGACCCACAACAUCAGAGAAGUAUAGAUGCUCAGACCACCUUUGGAAACACAAGCCAGUCCAACCCUAGCCGGAUUAACCGUGUAGUCACCAACAGUAACCCAGGUCACAUACCACAGCCACGAGAUAACACGGAGAAGGACAGCACUGGGCCCCAUCAGUUGCCCAUUAACGCCAUUGUAACUGUCAGGGCAAACCAGCCCAACCAGCAGUUGAUAGGUGGCAGUAAUGAAGAGGACCUCACUGAGGGGAACAGGGGAAAUUCGGUCACUCACAGUUUCUCCUCCGUUGCAGAAAUAAGCCCCAGUGACACUUCAGGAGGAUAUGGUCAGUACAACCAUAUGACUUAUGUCACCAAUGGACAGUCGGGUUAUUUUUCUUCUGAAGCUGUUGGAAAUUACACAACAGCAGGCGACCUUCCUGUACACAUUGGGAGUUCAUAUCAAUGUGAAGGGUUUCCUACAGGGGGGCUCUACUACCUGAGACAGAGUCACCUGGAGCAGGAAGAAAACCGCCAAAGUCUACAAUCAUUCGGACACAGUUCAGAAACUCCACUGACCCCAGAUUGGAUGAGGCCGGGAAUGCAGCAGCAGCAGCAGCAGCAGCAGCAGCAGCAGCAGCAGCAGCAGCAGCAGCAGCAGCAGCAGCAGCAGCAGUUUUUCGAUUACGAUUACAGAAUUGGUCUAAUGCAGAACAGCAACAACAUGACAACACAGAACGUUCCUCAUGUUUCCCUCAACCCGCCAGGUAUUUACCAUCCUCCUGCAGCAAACACAGAAGUCAUUUACUAUCCUCCUGCCGCCAACACUCAAGUCAUGUCCCAGGCAUCUGCAAACUCCUAUUUUGCUUCUGGCGAAGAGUUUUUAACUGUAGCUCCCUCUAUGAUCAAUAGCACUCCUCCAUGAAACUACCUGAUUAUCUAUGUAAAUAACAAGACCAAGCUAUUUCUGCAGUACA